GUGUGUAACCAUGGAGACGCGCUCGCUGUGAGGAGGCUGAUCAGCAGCCUCAGCCGCGCGCCACUCAGUCGCUCUGUGGAUCUGUGGAUGCGAGAACCGUCCGAGCGCACCGGCACCAAACUAAACAAUGACAUUAUCUCACACGAUACGACACAUCCACAGCCAUAUCUGACAACCUUCAACACUUCAGUGCCUCUUCUGCUCGCCGUUUCCGUCCAGCCCCGUGUCCAGAGGCUCCAGUUGAACCAUGAUGCUCAGCAGCUCAGUGGACGUCCCAAGUCCAGGGGGUAUGAGCGCAGUGGCGGCCCGUAACGUGAUUCGCAGUUCCAGCAUAAGCGGGGCCAUGUACAAUCUGGAAAAAAGCCCAAGUAACACGGGUCCCGAUGCCACAGGCCUGGCUGGAAACAAGAAACGUCGCUCCAGUCUCGGAGCCAAAAUGGUGGCUAUUGUGGGUCUGUCACAGUGGAGCAAGAGCACACUGCAACUCAACCAGCAAGAUGGAGGAACCAAAAAGCUACGCAGCACCAUCAGGCGGAGUACAGAGACGGGUAUAGCGGUGGAGAUGAGGAACCGCGUCACGCGACAGGGCAGCAAGGAUUCGACGGAUGGCAGCACCAACAGCAACAGCUCUGAUGGAACGUUCAUUUUCCCUACCACUCGUCUGGGCCCUGAAAGUCAAUUUAGUGACUUCCUGGAUGGCCUUGGCCCCGCCCAGAUAGUAGGACGGCAGACAUUGGCCACACCUCCAAUGGGUGAUGUUUAUGUUGGAGUGAUGGAUAGAGGAGGUCAGUUAGAGGUGGAGAUCACACAGGCCCGAGGGCUGACCCCAAAACCAGGCUCAAAAAACGUUCCAGCUACAUACAUAAAGGUUUAUGUCCUGGAAAACGGCAUGUGUCUCUCUAAAAAGAAAACCAAAGUGGUCAAGAGAACCCUGGAUCCCACAUUCCAGCAAUCACUGAUGUUUGAUGAGAGCCCUCAGGGCAAAGUGCUACAGGUGAUUGUAUGGGGGGACUACGGCCGCAUGGACAGCAAGUGUUUCAUGGGAAUGGCACAGAUCCUUCUGGAUGACCUGGAUCUGUCAUCGACGGUGAGCGGCUGGUACAAGCUCUUCCCAACCUCCUCUAUGGCGGACCCCAGCAUCGGACCCCUGACGCGUCGCCUCUCUCAGUCCUCGCUCGAGAGCGCCACCAGCCCCUCGUGCACCUAAGCGCGGCCGAGAGACCCAGCCAUCCGCGUCCCCUUAAAUAUGCCUGUGUUCUCUAUCUCUAUGUGUGUAUCUUUGUUCAAUAUACCCCACCACCUAUACCCCAAAAAGCAUGUACACACACUCUGAUAGAUAUAACCAACUCAUAACCCAGAGCUGGAACGCUCUUCUUUCUACAGAUAUAUUACAGAGUUGGAUACAAAUCAGGCACGACGCACACAAACGCUCACACGCACCUGUGUGUGGAUGUGUGUGUAACCAUGCAGUACAGAAAGGGUCACGGCUAGUUACAUGUAUAUCCACAUUUUCCACAGGUCGUAACACAAAACAAACAGGGGCAUUUCAUAGUUAUAUCUGGAAAUGUUCCUGACGAUGUAGCAUUUGUGUCGGUUUCUGUGGCCGUGGGUUCUUCUAGACCUGCAGGGUCCGGACCUCCGAGGGUCGUUCAGUUCUCUAUGCCAAACCCGAUAAAAGUUUUAUUUUUUAAAAACCAAAGCAAUUCUUAUUAUCUGUAGUUAUUCUAGAGUAUGGAUAUGUAGCAGAGUCAUCGACUUAGAUGAGAUGCAAAAAAAAAAGAAAAACUCGUAGACUACAUACAGAAUUGAACUUUUUAAGAGCAGGGCUCAACUCCGCAGGUCAGGUUAUUGGAAAUGCACACAGCUGCUGUCGCGUAACGUAGCAUAUUUUUCCUUUUCCGAGAAAAAUUUGUGUUCACGUAUUUAUCGAUUGCAUUCUGCACGUUUAUUCGCAACCCUCGUUGAAGAAAAUAUGUGAACGGCUACUUUAAGCUUGCCUAUAAAUUUAACGUAGAAUUGUAGACGGUAGGUAACUUAUUUCGCUAACUUUUCGUCUGAAAAUAUAAUCUGCACUGAGCUGCAUACACGGUCGGUGGAAAUCAAACCCCUCCGUAUGUUAAGGAGAACCAGCUGUCCAGUUAAACCAGCAACCCCUCAUUUCCAGCUGCAUUGUGGGAUACACGGGAAAGAUCAAAUAAGACUUCCUGUACCGGCAGCGACGCAAAGCAUUCUGGGAAACGUAGGCCUGAUCUGGUGAUCUGGUACUGGAACGGCAUCUCUUUAUGUUUGGAAAAAAGCCGCAAUGGACAAGUUUGGGUUUCUUCUUACCAGCAUAUGAAUCUACUGUAACUGUUUAAAAGGUUUCCUGUUAUACUCAGGAGGUCAACGCUGAACAACAUCACACGUAACAAUAUGAGGAUUGGCGAUGCAUUCGCUCUCCCAAAAGGAUCCCAAAGCCCAAACCAAUCCAAUUCUGUAUAAUCCUGGACGUUUUUUGUUGUAAAGCUUAUGAACUGCUAGUGUGACUGUUGCUGUCCAGUCAGUCUUCUUUAGCUUCCUCUAUGAAGAUUGAGUCUUUGCUCGGUCUUUAGUAUUGCUCAAGAUGGUGCUCCAUAUUAAAGGCGGGGUGCAUGAUCUCUGAAAGCUCAUGUUGAUAUUUGAAAUCACCCCAAUAACAAUAACAAACACGCCCCUACCCCAAUAGAAUCUGGACCUUCAUUUGAUGCGACCCAGGCAACGAUGUCGGUUAGUAGACACGCCCCUUACUGCUGAUUGGCUACAAGUGUGUUUUGGUACUCGGCCCGACUCCCUUUUCCAAAGUGUUUUCAAAAAUCACGCACUCCGCCUUUAACAAGAUAAGGGAUUUUUUCCGUAAAGGAUAUCUUGCAUAUCUUAGUAUUUCAUUUUAUACAAACCCUUUGUGGUUUAUUAAGUUAUUAUGUUUUACAAUUUGCUUUUUAUAGCAGAAUCAGGACAUGUUUUAUUUUUAAAACAAAUUGAUCAGAUUUGUUAUAUCAUCUUAUAUUAGAAGUGAUUUGUGUCAGGAUAGUGUUUUGUAAGAAAGAGACCAUCAGCGAAGCUUUUCAACUUAUCAUUUUAGAUCAAAUCAAAAGUUGAAGUAGUUUUGGGGCUGUAGUAUUUAGUAAAUGCUGUACAGCUGUUUCAAUAGCCGUGUUUUUUAUUUGUUAAAAUCACUGUUAUCCUGAUCAACAUGCAAGACGUACAGCACAGAAUCAUUGAACAAUCCCCAUACUGUUAAUACUUAUAAUAUUAACAUCACAAUUUCAUGUCAUUUUUUUCUCAAUAUCUGUAGGCUACAAAGCCUUUCUGUCUGUGCACUUAGCAUGCACAGUUUUCACUGCAUUGGUGGUGUAGAGGCCAUAAGGGUUUCUUUAGGAAAUCACUUCUUUACUGUUUAUCUGAAUGUUUCAUCUUCAUGCAAUUUAUCUCAUCUUUGGUCAUCAUUUUUGAUCAAGGCUAUAUAGGACAUAGAAAAUGUUUCCUUUCUUGCUCUGGGUCUUGUUGCUUAACCAUGACAAAAAAAUUACAUAAUUUUGACCACAAAAAUCACUACACUGUAAAACCUAACAGUCAACUUAACUCAAACCAUUUAAACCGGUUGCCUUAAACCAUUUAAGUUUUUAAACACAUACAUUUAAGUACUGUGAACUUGAGUCAUGUGCAAUUAUGCACUAGUGUGAACUUAAAUAUAAGUGCAUAACUGCAUAUGACUCAAUUUGUUCACAGUACUAAAAUGUAUGUGUUUUAAAACUUAAAUGGUUUAAUGCAACCGGUUUACUUAAAUGGUUUGAGUUGAAUUAACUUUUUAGGUUUUACAGUGUAUACAUUAAUACAAACGGGAGAGUACCGCGCACAAUAAAUGCAUUGCAUUUGAAUUGUUUCUGCAAGGCCAAUAUCUAUGUUGGACCAAACACAAUGGCACUUUCUUAUUUCUUAUAUAUCUAUAACUGCAAAAAAAAAACUAAAUAAUACAAUGAAAGCAACUCAUUCUGCAGAAACUUUUCAGUCCUUUUCAACCUGUUGUCACCUUUAAAUGUAUAAAAGUUAAAUGGAAGUCACUGCUGUUAACACUCACAUUGAACUCCUGCUUUUUUGUAUUUGCACAAGUUUUGAGUGUUAAAGUUGAACUUUCGUGUUGCACCACUAACAGACAAAAGUUUGUAGAUCAAAUUCAGAACAAAAUAUAAGACUUCGUAAUUGUAACUAAUUGUUACAAUUGCAUUAAUUUACUGAAAACACAAUUGUAUUUGCAGGUGAAUGUUUGUCCUUAAUGCUAUGAAACAACUAUUGGUAGAUAUUAAUAUUUUUAUAUGUCAUUUUAUGUACUUGGGAAAGUGGGAUGGUGUGUGUCCCUUUACUGUAUGAAAUAUUUACAAAAUCAUACUGGCGUUGCAUUUUUGCAAAAAGAGUCUGAAUGCAUGAAUAUUUAAACUGUAGCCUAUUGCUUUAAAAAAUUUCAGGCGUAGUGGAGGGAUGUUGUUUGUUGGAAUUCAGAGCUAGACCAAAUGCAACAGUGACAAAAUAAUCUAGUUUGGAUGCAUUUUGAUAUUUGAAAAUUGCUUUUGGUCCUUGCUGGACCAUGACAGGUAAACUGUAAAUAUACAUUUCUAAUUGGGCAGUGUUGGCUUUUUGAGUAUGAUGUUGUAAAUACCAGAAAAGUCACUGACCAUCAGUUUAGUAUAAAUGCAUUGGUGUUCAAUCAGAUGAACUAUCAGAAUAAAUGGUCAAUGUACCCCAGCUAUACCCUUUCAAAAAGUACAGCUUUCAUAUUAGUUCCUCAGAGGUACAUAUUGGUACCAAAUGGUACAUAUUAGGACAUUUUUAAAGGGUACUGCCCCGGUGGCAGCUGGUGGUACAUAUUUAGACCAUUUUUUUUCCAAGAGUGUACAUAAUGACGCAAGUUUAGGUUUUCUUUGCAGCGAGUGACCUCAGCCUGACUGGGGAAUGACCUUAAUACAUCAAAUACAGAUACAUAACAAAAUGCACAGCGGGUUUGUGUUAGCAGACAAUCAGAAUGGAUACAGUCACAGCAUUUACAGUCAAAUAUGGUCAGUAGGUUAUUGUGAAUUGAGAAUUAUAUGAUUAUUUUUGCUUGUCUGGUAUUGUAUGAUGUAUAAUAAUGAUCUGUAAAUGUUGAGAGAUUGCUUUCAUUUCUAAUAAGAUUGUGAUCUCCCUUUACACGUACCUGGACCCUUUUAAAACCCUUGUAAUAUGAGGUGCGUGUUGUCACAUUUGUGAACAUAUAUUAGGGUCAUUGAAGCUAUAUUUAGCUUAUUUUUGUAAAAAAAAAAAUAUUAUGGUUAACAGUAUAAAGCUGAAUUCUGCUAUGUUGUAAAUUGCCUUACUUGUCAUAUUUUAUUUAAAGGCACAGACAGGUUAUUCAAACCUUUGAGUGUUUUGCUUCAAUAUUGAAAAUUAUAAUAGUGAUACUAAAGUCUGAAUGUAAUUAUUAUUAAUAUUAUUAUUAUUAUUAUUAUUAUUAUAUUUAGUUGUAACUUAUUUUGUUAUUUCAAAUCUGACAAAAAUUAUUUGAUGUCAUUUGAAAUCCUAAAUUGGCAGGAUAACAUAUUUUAUUUUUUUUUUUUUAUGUUUUUAGGCUAAAAUGGAAAAACCCCAGAUCCUGGUAUAAUUAAAUCAAUUUAAAAUACAUUGGAUCUGAGCACUCAAUCUUUAGCUGAAAACAUCAGAUUGGUACAUUUUAAUAAAAAUAAUGCCCAUGUACCCAUAUUUCAAAUGUCACACUCGAUUGCAUGCCAAAUUUUGGUGAUGAAAAUUGAUUUUAUGAAAGUUUGUAAAUUGAUAUGGGGACUGUCAGCAUUGUGAGCACAUGUAUUUCUUAGUGUUUGCUGUUUAUUUUCUCAAGUGGCCAUAUAAGAGGCAAUGAAGUCUUUUAAAUAUUGAUUUAAAGAAACUUGUUUCUUUUAUAAGAAUAUUAUGAUUAAGAUAACCUGUAUAAUUGUUUUGCACACUUGAGCAAAAAAAAAGAUGCUAGAAGACUAGCAAUCACAUAAAAUGUGUUUAUUUUACAAAUGCAAAGAUGGCCAUUUGCAGUCUGUUAAUGUAGCAAAACUGUUAACAGCAAAAAUGUCUUUGUUGUCUCCAUUAAUGAGUCAUUGGUAUUAUUCAUGACAUGAUUACCAGCACAAAACACUGUUGUGACACAUUCGCCAUUUCAGAGAGAUUUUCAGCUUGUGUGAAAUGUAGCUCCAUUAAAAACUUUGUUCAGUUAACCUGGGUGAGAAACCACUGCAUUUAACUUGUACCAUAAAUCUCCUCUGAUUUAAUCUCUGUUUAACUCCAACACUAUCUUAAGUCCAAGAAGACAAAGUAGGCCAGAUUUUACAGCGGCGUUAGUGGUUGGUUAUAGUUUUAUCAGUCAUGGAGAUGUUUGAAAGUAUUUGAAAUGAAAAUGUGCUGCUGUUAUGCAGUAACCGAAUGUUAAAGAGUUGUACGAGGAAGCUGUAAUUUUAUACUCGUGCUUUGUAAAUGUUUUCUAUGUGCAGUAUUUGAUAAUGUAAAACUGGUAUUUUUGUGGUUUGUACGCUGCAGAACUGAUUAUUUAGGGUGCACGCAGUUUUGUAAGAAAAGGAUGGGAAACUUUUUCAAAAUGUAUUUUGACUGAAGCCUGUAUCUGCAUGCCUAUUGACUACUGGAAGCUGGAGGUCAAUAAAUUUGAUUUGAAUAAACUUUUUCUUCAUGA